CUUCAGUCAGCCCAACAUCGACGUCUCUAAUAGACUGUGGUUUUUUUUUUUUGCUCUAUUACUAGUUUUUUGUCGUAAUUGUAAUUUGGUCGUCGAAUUGCAAAACAUCUUUGAAUUAGCCAUUGUGGCUGCUGCAGCAAAAACUUCAUGAGUGGCUCGAUUACAAUAGCGAACGAAUUGAAAGAAUCCGCCAGUUGCGUCAAAUAAGAAAAAAAUACUUUUUACUCCGCUGUCGUGUGUGUUUGUCGGUGUACGUGCGUACAUGUGUAUGUGGGACGGUCGGUCCCUGCCUGUGUGUGUGUGCUGCACAUAGCGCAUCGUUCGGUUGAACUUUAAAUAUACAAACGCAGUUGAAUAAAAUAGCGAAUUGUACAUUUCUUAUGAAAAGAACAGCACAGAAACACAGAAAUAAAGACAAUAUAUAGUAGUUCUACUAGUGAAUUUGUAGUCCGCGGAGAAGUUAAUAAUUUGUUGAUUGUGCUCUCGCACUGCAAUUUGCGGGCAAAAGAACUUGAUACAAUUUUUUUUUUUAUUUAUUUAUUUUUUUUUUUUUUUGUAUAUCUUCUCGUAUAUAACAAAAAUCGGUAAUAUCACACAUACAGAUGUUAAUAUUGUGUGCGUGUGUGCGUUCACAUUUUUUUUGUUUUAUUUUUUUUGAGAAUUUUUGCCGCUGAAGUGCUCCUGUGUGUGUGUGUAUGUAUGUGUGUGUGUGCGAGUGAGCGAGCGAACAAGCACCAAAAACGACAACAGCAAGAAAGCACAUCCACUGUCGCAGCUCUCUCACACACACACAAAUUGUUAUGUUGACACUCUUGCGGAUUCGGACUGCAAUUGCAUAGCGUUGUUCAGGCCCGAUGUAAGCCGUGAAGGAGGACCUAGACAUAAGGAAUAGACGACCAGAAGUGAAUCGAACUUGGACUACGAAUUUGGAUAACAUAUAUACAUCUAAAGAGCUUGUAUAUAUAUAUAAUAUAUAUAUAUAUAUAUUGAUUUAUAUAUAUAUUCACUGAUAACAACAUCAAAAUGCCACGAUUCCGCAACGAGGAGGUGGAGCGGCAGUACAAGGAUGGGGACAUCGUUUGGGUAAAGAUUCAUAACUCAGAGAUUUGGUGGCCCGGCGAGGUGACCUCGUCGCAAGAUUUUCGCUUUGUGAAUAGCUCGCGGCGACCCUACGCCGUCGUCGAAUUCUUCAACGAACGAACUUUUGAGCAGGUGAACACGUCCAAGCUGAUCUAUCCAUUUCAGUGCGAGCACAAAAAGGAGUUCAUCAAGCUGGGCACCAGGAAAUCCGUGGCAGCCGAUAUGAGGGAGAAGUUCAACGAGGACGUGAAACACGCCGAGAGCCGUUUGGCCGAAAGAAAUUUGGAGAGCGCAGAGCCUGCGGUGAGCCGUGAGAGCUUGAUUAAGGCAUUUCUAUCGAGCACCAUCACCACCGCCUCUGUCGGCACCAACACCACCGUCUCUAUUGUCACCGGCAACAACAACAUCAGCAGCACCAGCAGCAGCAGCAGCAACAGCAACAGCCACAACAAUGCUGCGAAUAAUCGCACCUACAACAACAACAGCAACAACAAUCUGGAUGAUCAUCUAAAUAACAAUCGCUACAACAAUCACAAUAGCAACAACAAUAACAACAACAAUCAGAUCCCCAACAAUAACCACGUCAACAACAACAACAACAACAACACUCACGCCCACAACAACAACAACAACAACAAUCACAUCGAUAACAGCUACAACAUCUACGGCAGCUUUAACGACAAUGAUUCAUCGAUUCGUAUCAUGGACAUUGGCGCGCCGGCUUCAGCUUGCUCACGACCCGAGGGACGCAACGAUCAGCGCUAUGAGUGCAACCUGUGCGACUUCCAUACGAGCAGCAUGAACGUUCUGCUCAUCCAUAGGCGCACUCACUUGGACCUCAGCCGCUUGAGCACCGCGUCAACGGGGAUGCCAGGCAGUGGAUGUGCCAACAAUUGCGUGUCCAACAAGUCGCGUGCGUCCCGCAGGGCCAACACAUCGAUCUCCCGUGAGCUGGCGACCUACUCGUCGCUGUGGCGCUGUCAGUCGCGACACGUCUCCAUUGUGGUGGAUGCGCCGCUCAAUGACGAGGAGCAGAGGCAGGUGGCGAGCAUUGCCCAGCUGACGCUGGCGAGCAUUGAGCGCGUGGUCAAGUCGCCUAUACCCCCCGAAUCGCCGUUGAGCGAGUGCUCCAGUCCGGCGGUGCGCCGCAACACGCAGAUUAGCUCGAGGGAUCCGAGACGCAAACGUUGCCACCAGUUGCGUGCCACGAUGCCAGUGCCGCCGCCGCUGACGCCGCCGUCGCCCGCAACGCCGGCGAAACAGAGAAGACUAACGCGCUCCUGUACCAGGCAGCAGGAGACCAGCUCCACGGCCAGUGCGGAGCGUGAGAGGGCCAGGGCAGAACGGGCAGAGCGAUUGGGCAGGAGGCGGGGACUUAGUGCUGCAAGGGAAGCAGCCACAGCGACAUACGAUGAUCCCAAUGCCGACGAAAGAGAUGCGAGUGCAGCCAGAGGAAGAGAACGAGAAAGGAAAGUCCUGGAGAAAACACCAACUUCCAGAAGAUCCGCCUCUUCCUCAGUCACCUUUGCGCUUCCCCGAGAACGCCCGCAGCAGACUGGUGAGAGGAACUGCACAAUUACCAGUGCCUCCAUGAUGUCCACGUCAACAUCACCGUCGCCAUUCACACUGGCCUUGCCCAGUCGAGCGACCCAAACAGUGAAUCCCAGUCCGGAGACGGCGCCCACAUCGAAGGCGAAGUCCCCGUCAAAGCCGACAGGCAGACCGAGUGGAGGCGUGUCGGCCGCGGCAGCGGCAGCGGCUGCGAAAAGGGGACGCAAGCGCAAGCGAAGGGAUGAGGAGGACGAGGAUGAGGAUGAUGACGAGCAGGCAACAGCUGCCGAGAGAGAGCAGAAGGCGAAAGCUGGGACACUGCAGGAGGCAGAACAGAUGAAGAAGGAGCAGGAGGAGCAACAGCAGUGCAACGACACUCCAAAUCAGAUCGUGAAUGAUUCACGUGAGCUGCACCUAAGAUUGCUCGCAGAAUGGAGAGAUUACGAGCAGGAGGAACCAGAUCUGGAACAGGAACAGCAAAUCGAGCAGGGGCAGCAGCUGCAGCAAAGGGCGCAACAGCAGGAGCCAGACGACGAAGCCGACGACGAAGCCGACGCCGACGCCGACGCCGACGCUGACGCUGAUGCCGAAGCAAGUCCAGCCACAAAUGAUGCGCUAUGCAAUGAUGUAUCCUUGAAUGCCGUGGCCUCCUGUUCAUCGAGCUCGUCGUCAUCCAAACGCAUACGCAACAUACCAAAGAAGGAUCGUCGAGAUGUGGUGCUGCAGGAGUUCGAUGCUAGCGCCGAGAGCAACUGCGUGCAGGAUGAGCCGAUCCUAAUUCAAGAUAGCGAUGCUAGCUCCAAUGAGAGCGUUGUCUUUAUCGAUGCUGCCGAGCCGCAGCGCUCGAUGAGAGCAUCAGCACUAAAUCCGAAUCCGAAUCCGAGUGCCGUCUCCUGCUUUGACUUCGACGAGGAAGACGAGCACCUCGAGCCGGCUGCCAUUCAGCCGAAUGCACCCAUCGCUGAGAGAAAUGGAAAUGGUCUAAGCUAUAGACGGCACACCAAGCCCUCGGCUCCAGCUCCUGCCCAGACGGCAACAGCUACAGCUACGGCUCCUCUGUCCAAUGGCGGCGAGGAGUCGAACUCUAGAGAGCAAUCUUUGGCCAAAUCCAACGAAGAUCUCUUCAAGUCUUUCAAUGAACACCAGCGCCAGCAGCAGCAGCAGCAGCAGCAGCAGCAGCAGCAGGAGCUGGAGCACGAGCAGGACUUGGAAACCGGAGGAGGCAGUGUGGAUGCGGAGGCAGAGCAGUCAAAUCUGCCCAUCAAGGAGCGACAGAAACGCAUUUUCAAGUCGCGCAACAAGCAGCGCGAAGAGCAGGAACAACAACAACAACAAGAGCAACAGCAACAGCAGGAGCGGGAGGAAGAUGAGGACGAGACAAGUCAGCAAGAGGUUGCGCUGGCGCUGGAACACGAGGAAGAGGAGGAGGAGCAGCAGCAGGUAGUGACGUCGCCUCUACCCACAUUAUCCAAUGGCUCCAGUUCUGAACUGAAGACUGACAAGCGACGCCAAAGCAAUCCAAACAAUUGCGCUGCCAAAGCCCAGUCGCAAUCCCAAAUCAUGUCCAGCUACAGCCUGGCUCAAACUCCGCCCACGCCGACACCCACAGCCGAAGAGCUGAGCAACUCGUCGCCUGUGCCAAGCCAAAUGCAAGCGCAAGAAACGCAACUGGAAUUCCAGACGCAAAUGCCAUUUGCUUCCCAAGCGCAGUUCCCCAUUCAGUCGCAGUUCAGCGGCCUAGCCUCGCCAGCGCUGAGCCAUAUCCACAUCCACAUGAGCUCCAACAGCAACAGCUCCUCGCAUUCGGCGAGCAACAGCAACAGCAACAGUAACAGCAGCUCCAUUCUUUCCAAUAUGGCUGUCAUCUCGGCGGAGGAGGCGUGCGAGCUGCAGCGCUCGGCUCCUGCCCUGGUCGAGGAGUCCACCACGGCCACAGAGUCGAGCGGUGUGCUCAUCCUGGAGGACAUAUUGCUGCCCAAUCUCUAUGAGAUACGCCCCAAUUCGGAGAACAGCAACAUGAGCAGUGCGCGGGUUCGCAGUCUUGCGAGCAGAGCCAGCCGAACCAGCAAGAACAGUAAAAUCAGUAAAGCCAGCAAAGCCAGCAAAACCAGCAAAAACAGUAAGCGGGGAAGCCGUGGAAGCAGCAGCAGUACCAGCGGCAGUGGCUGUGGCAGUGGCACUGGCAGUGGCAGCGGCAGCAGUAGUAGCGGCAGCAGUAGCAGUGGCAGCACUUGCAGCAGUUGCAGCGGCAGCGGCAGCAGUGGCAGCGGUAGCAGCAGCACCGGCAGCAGCAGCAGCAGCGGACGCAGCCAGCUGAAACGGCCGGUGAGAGCAGAGGCGGGCGAGCGUCGAGAUGCAAAGAGUCGAAAGGAGAGACAAAAGCAGGAGCAGCAUCACAACAAACAGAAGCCACAGAAGGCGGAGCAGCAGACGCCGGCAGGGCGUUCAAAAGACAAGAGAGAAAGGCAAGCGAAGAAAGCAAAGCACUCGAAGAAAGAAGACAAGAAACACACACCGAAACAGCCGAUACCCUCCACAUCGGCGGCAGCUCAACGCGCACAAGCCGAAAUACGUGAAUCCCCGGGAGCUGGCUCGCCGUCAUCGCCAAAUCGCUGGUCACCGACGUCGUACCCGGUCGGUCGACGCUUCGAAGUGCAGCUGAAGGAGCGUGAGCGGGAGAUGCUGCUCAAGUACGAGGCGGACAUAACUAGCGGACGCAGGGCAGAGAUCAAUCGCAUUGCCCGGGAGCGCUGGGCUCGCGCCCGCUGUCAGCACAAACCGGAUGCCGAGGAAAAGUUGCUGCUCAUGCGGCUGAAGGAGCAGCGCAAUUUCCGGCUCAAUCGCCGAGCGAUUAGCGUUCACCCAACGGCCAUACGAAGAGAGAACAUAAGCCGCCCACAGAAGAGUCCAUCCUGUCAAGCGUUUACCACGCUGACCGAGCAGGAUCUGCAGUUUUCCAGGCGCCAGCUGCAGCGUCUGCGCGAGGCUCAGGCUAGAAGAAAGCGACGAGGUAGCGGCUCGCAAUCUGCAGUGGAAGCUAGGAGAAGAAGGCAAGAACAGGAUGUCGAGAAGGAGAAGGAAAAGGAAAAGAAGGAGAAAGAAAAUGAGAAGCAGGAAGAGGAGCAGGAUCAAUUGGAUCUGGACCUUGAACUGGAACUGCAAUUGAGUCCGGUAUCAGAUGAAGCGCUAGAAGAGGAACAGGAAACGGUGGCAGAACAACAAACGCAGGAUUUGCUACACGGACAGGAGCAACUGCAGCUGGAGGAAGAGCACGAGCAACUGCAGCUGGAGGAAGAGCAUGAGCAGCUGCAGCUAGAGGAGGAGCAUGAACAGCUGCAGCUGGAGGAACAGCAGGCGCAGCUGCAACUGAAGGAACAGCAGGAGCAGCUACAGCUGAAGGAAGAGCAGGAGCAGCUACAGCUGGAGGAAGAGCAUGAGCAGCUACAGCUGGAGGAAGAGCAUGAGCAGCUGCAGCUGGAAGAAGAGCAGGAGCAGCUGCAGCUGGAGGAAGAGCAGGAGCAGCUGCAGCUGGAGGAACAGCAGGAGCAACUGCAGCUAGAGGAAGAGCAGGAGCAGCAGCCGCAACUGGAGGAACAACAGGAGCAGUUGCAACUGGAAGAACAGCAGGAGCAGCUGCAGCUCGAGGGACUGCAGGAGCAACUGCAGCUGGAGGAAGAACAAGAACUACUGCAUCUGGAGGAACAGCAGGAGCAGCUGCAUCUGGAGGAACAGCAGGAACAGCUGCAGCUGGAGGAGCAGCAGCAUCUGGAGGAACAUCAGGAGCAGCUGCUGCAAGAACAGCAUGAGCAUCAGCUGCAAGGACAGAAGGAACAGCCGUUACACGGACAGCAACAAGAGGGACAGGAACAGCAACCGCAACCACAACCACAGCAGAGGCAACAGUCGCAGAGAAUCGAUGAUCCACUGGAUGAUCAGCCGUCAUCGUCACGAGCAGUAAACCGUCCGCCGCCAAGUGACAACAAUUCCGAAGCAGAUGAGUCGAAGGAAACCACCCAAGAGAUAGCAGCAGAUUCACGGAUUUGUGCUGUGAUGACUCGCCCCAUUCCUGGCUACAGCAACACCUUCAUGCUCUGCUCCCUCAGCAACAACAACAACUUUACCCCUUUGAACAAUGAGGCACUAUAUUUGGAUAGCGAGAAUCAUUUGGUGCCGGUGCCUUUGGAGGCGCUAACCGAGACGCCACAGCUACCCGAAGGGAAUCCGUUGUCUGCGGUCUUUCUGCUGGAUGGUGAGGCCAUAGCGCAGGUGGUGCAGGGUGAGCAGGGUGAGAACCCGGAAGCAGAAGAUGGGCAAGUGGGAGAAGGAGUAGUGGAAGGGGGGGAUGUGAUGCCAGGUGCCAUACUGGGCAUGAUGUCGCCUUCAAAUCAAUUAGUCGACGGCCACGACGACGAAGAGGAGGAGCCGGAAACAGCUGAAGAUCUGGUGGCAACUGAUGAAGCCGAGAAUCCAUCGCCAUCCGAGGAAAUGUAUCAGCUGCAGUCGAAUGUGCUCCAACUGAAUGUCGGUGGCCACCAGCUGGAGAUAUCAACCGAGGUGCUAAUGAAUAUAGCCGAGCAACAGGAUGACAUCAUCAUUGAGAUCGACGGCGGCGGGCAGGCUCUGUUGCCUGCCGCCGAAAUACUGCAGGCGGCCAAGAACUAUUUGCACGAGCGAGACUUACAGCUGGUCAAUCUGGAGGACUUGACCUUGCACCAGUGCAACAACGGAGCUGGCUCUGUUCCUCUGAUAGUCCCCGAUUUGUUGGCUGCAGCGCUGGCCGGCAACAGUGUGGACGUUCUACACAUUGAGACUCAAUCGGCGGCUGCAGCGGCAGCAUCUGCAGGCACAGCACCAGCACAGCUACCAACACUGACACCAGCAGCAGCUGGAGCUGGAACUGAGGAGGAUGUGGUUGGCUUUAUGGCACACACGUUGCCGGUCAGUGCCUCCCACUUGACGCCGCCGAUCACAGCCCGCACGAAUGAGACAAAUGCGCUGCUGGAUCAGACGCCCAUCAUGUCCGCCUUGGAGCAACCAAGCACCAGUGCCUCUGCCGCCCUUCAACUGCGCGCCGGCAGCAGCAGCUCAUCGGCCUCGCCUCUGUCCCUGGAUUCCAUUGGUGGCAAUCUGGACGAUAGCCUGGCCGUAAUUGGUGUGACCAAUGGCAGCGGCAGCGGAGUGCCCACAUCCUUGGAGCUGCCCAUAACCGUCACCAAUCCGGCGAUUGCGCCCCGUUCCACAACUGCUGAUAUGACGAAAUUUGUGCCGUUCCAGUAGCUGUUGCAGUUGGAUGAAUUGUCCGAUGGCUGGGAUAGCCUGGACUCAGAGUAGAUAGCGAUUGGUCAAGUCGAUAAUCAGCUAUGCUCGCAUUCGGCAGCGCCAUAAGCAAGACAGUUAAAUGAGAAGAGAAGAGCGAGGUAGAGCUCAACAGAGCAGCAAAUCAUUUCUAACUAGAAUAUUUCUUUUACAUACAUAUUCUCUCUCUCCCUCUUUCUUUGCAAGGAAUGCAGGUAUUUUUGUUUUCAAAUAUAGUAAGGAAAGCUUAGGCUAAAUGAGAGCGAGCAGCAUAGUAAUAGAAACUUGGACUGUAAACUGUUUACUUUUAAGUCACUCGCUCUCGCUCUUGCCCUUGCUGUCGACGACACGCACUCAGCAUGAGCAAAUGACUAUACACUUACACUUACAGUUAGGUUAAGGCAGAAUAAGUAAGAGCAGCAACUGGAACAAUGGCUGCUCUCGUUCUCUCACUCUUACUUUUUGUGAGUAUGCAUAGUAUGCAUCAGCUACGUUAUUUUCAGCAUUGCAAUGGAAGUUAGGCUAAGGCUAUUAAUUAGGGAGCGAGCAGGAUAGCAGCAAAAUGAAUACUAGAAUACUUGAUGUAUAGACUAAUGCGUGUGCCGUCGCUCUCACUGACUUGGUGUACAAUGCACAUACAUAUAUAUAUAUAUAUAUAGUUUUUUUUUUUUGCAAGGCAAAUAUAAAGCAAAGCUUAGACUAAGCCGAUCGAAAGAAGUGCGAGAAGGAGAACAGAACAGAACAGAACUGGACAGAACAGAACAGAAAAGAACAGAAUUUAGCAUACUUAAGAAUUACUAAACAAACGAUUAUAAAUGUAUAUGAAUAUAAAUGAUUUUAUUUUAUUCUUUUUACUGCAACAAGAUACCCUUAAUUCGCAUAAAUGAGGUAAAUCUAUACAAGGAAAUAAGAGUAGGAAACUGUUUAAACCUACAACGUGUAGCUUAAGAAGUAAACAGUUUCCUGCUCCUAUUUCCUUGUAUAGAUUUUCCUCAUUUGUGCAAAUGAAGCGUAUCAUGUUGCAAUAAAAAAAAAAAACAUAUUCAUAUAAACAUUUAUAUAAAUAUAUAUAUAUUUAUAGUUUAAUAAAAUGUUCUGCACCAAAGCAACUUAAAUGA